AUGACGCAGAACACAACAAUUACACUCAAAACUUUGACCGCACAUGAACUUUUAUGCGCGCGAGAGAGCGUUUGCGAGCUGUUUGGUGUGCUGGAUGACUCAGAGCGCAGUUCUUUGCUGGUUGGAGAUGAUCGCGAAGGUCAGCUUGACUCGCUCAAAGCCAAAUUAGAGGAUCUAAAAAGACAAGUUAAGGAAGCGAAAUCGAAUAACGAGGGAAAUUAG